AACCUCCCCACUCUCUCUCCCACCGCCAAGACACUCCUCCACCCAUCUCCCUCCACGUGUCACCUCCCUGCCACACUGUAGCGGAUUCUAUGCUCCUGGCCUAAAAUUCCAUAGACAAUCCUCACCACACAUCACUGUGAGUUUCAUGCCAAAAACGUCAUCCCACAGCAAUGUUUGGUUUUAAAAUCUCUUGGAGCAGUGGCCAAAGAGCACGGUAUAAUUACCCCCACACCUCUUCUCUGAGUUCUCUCAUAUCUCUCUCUCUCUCUCUCUCUACUUUUGAAUCUCUGUGUAUACUGGUUGGAAUUCGUACACAUAUACACCUAUCUGCCUAGCUCUGUACCUACCUACAUACAGCCCCCACCCUGGCUCCUCCCGUCCCCCGUACGCUUUCUCUCUCUUAAACACCCUCCCCGACUCUCUACCACCUGAUUCCUCCCCGCACUGAGACAGUAUUUUUUUUGGCGUGUGUAGGUGUAUGUAUAUAUACACUCUGCUCUGUACAUUUCUCUCUCUAAAAGCGGCUUCAAAUCUUACUGUAAAGUCACAUAUAUACACAUUCUCACACUCUGCCCUAUACUACAUUUCUGUAGACAAGAAAAUCUGCUCCAGCGCUGUCCCCUCUCUCUCUCUCUCUCUCUCUCUCUCUUCAAAAAGAUGGAGGAAAGCAGGAAGAGAUCGCAAGGCGGCGAAAACGACGAAGAGGCCGUCACCGUAAAACGAGCGCGAGCUCCGGCGACGUCGGACGAGACGGACAGGAACAGCGACGCCGACUGCGAGGAUAUAACGGCCUUGCUGAGCAUUGACGAGGAGGAGGCAGCGAGUGAGCUGGCGAAGCUUCUAGAGACGACGGCGUCGUACCCGAAGGUGAGGUUCGUCGACAACCCGCACUACGCGUUCCCUCUCAUCUUCCAGUCGUCGUCUUCUUACGUCACCAUCAACGGGAACGAGGAGUCCUGCGGGUCGUCGUUUUCGGAGAUGGAGUCCUCCGUGAUGGCGGGUGUCGACAUUGUCUGCCGGGGUCUGGUCAACGGCUUCGAAGUGGACCGGUGGUUUGCGGCGGAGGACGGCGGCGCGUGGUUGAAUGACGGCGAGGGGGCGCUCGGUGAGGCGGAGGUGGAGGCGUGUGCUGAGAAUUUUGAUCAGGCGGAGGCGUGUGCUGAGGGUUUUGAUCAGGUUAAAGAAAUCAACAGCUGGGAUUGUUAUCCUAUUGACGAUGAAAUGCUGGCGAGGUUUAUUGGAGAAGAACUUUGAUUAGGGUUCUAUUAAGAUAUUAAAUUAUUUGCACCGUUAUUGUAAAUAUUUGUUUCUUUCAAAUCAAUUAUAUUGUGCCACGUCGUCAUAUUUUAUUAAUUAAAAUCACUGUUUUGUAAUGUGGCACAAUUUAAUUAAUUUAAAAAAAAUAAAUAUUUACAACGGUGUAAA